AUCCAUCUCUUUCUCUUUCUAGAGCUCGCGCUAGUUCUCUCUCAUCAAAUGCCACAAGUGGACCUCGAAACCCUAGUGUGCGGCGGUGACGGCCGUGUCGCCUGCGAGACGGUGGUCGCCGCCGAGCCGCCUGAUCCGGUGCCGGACGACCCGGAUCUCCCGGCGGAGUCCUUUGAGGUGCGGAUCGGGGACGAGAUCGAUUGGGUCGAUCUCAACGCAGUCUACGAUCGCGAUGAUUCCACCAAAGGGAACACCAACCCUAAGUCCCAGCAUUCUAGCUCGGCGCCCACCUGUGAUCGCCGGCGAUCUAACUCGCAGCGCUUCUCCGGUAAUCUUAAGCCCAAGGCUCCCAUCAUUGGCCUCCCCAACAAGCUACAGUACUCCGGUUAUCUCGGCCGCAGCACCCGCCGCGCUCCCAAUAGCCGGAUCUUCCCCAAAAAGGGCAGGAAGGGCUCUAUGCCGGAGCACGAGCCGGGAUCUCCGAAGGUCUCGUGCAUCGGCAAGGUGUUGUCGGAGAGAGAGAAGGAACGGCGCCGGAUCAGGCGGCGGGAGUCUCGUGAAGAGCGGCCUGGUGGUGGGAAGGGGUUCUGGGCUUCGCUUCUCUGCUGCUUCUCGGCAGAUCGGGGUACGGCCGUGGAGUGCAUCGAGGAGGAAUCUCCGGUGCCGUCAGGGAAUAUCCCGGAGCCGGCGAGAAGAUCCUCGGCUGCGAAUGCGGCGGAUGCGCCGAGCUUAGGAGCGAUGAAACGGUUCUCAUCAGGGCGAAGAGCGGCGUCAUGGGGUGGUGACGAAGAAGAACACGUGGCUCUAUCUGGGCCGUUCAGUGGCCGGCGAUCGGUGGGAUCCCUGGAAGACGCUAGUGCACGAUAACGGUACGUAGAAUGCUUAUGAUGGUCUAGCGGUGUAUUGUAUUGCUCUUAGUCUUGCUCUUGCUCUCAGUGAGAUAUUUUUCUCUUUCUUAUGGCUUUAUUUGUCCUUUUCUUAUGCGCUGAUUUUUCUCUCUUGACGCUUAGUAUUUGGGAAAGAGAUUGUAGAUAAGAGAAGAUUGGAUUUUGCUUCUCGCUUUGGUUUUGUUUUUCGUUUUAGGUUUGGUUCGCUUGUUUGUUGUUGUGUUGCUGUGAUUCAAAGUUGUUUGUAUAUAUAAAAUUUGCAUUUUUAUUUUA